GGGACAAUGACCUAAUUAUAAAAUUAGUAGCCAUAAUUUAUGCAACAAUAGCAGUAGCACAAAUCAUUAAGCAUAGUUAAUCACCUAAUAAUUGUUUGUUUUGUAAUAUUUUUGUAGAUUAACUAUUUUAUAAAUUAUUUUGCAUAGAGUUUUGUACAUUAUCAAAUAUUAACCUACAUACAACCAAAUUUUGCAAGGCAAUGCGCCACACCAUUACAUUCUCUUCUCGUAAAGCAAAAACAAAUAGAUUAUGCUGCCCAAAGGUCAAUAUCUUGAACUAAAUUUGUGAUUCCGUGAUUCUUCGAUAUGCCAUUGACAAUCUUGAUAAGAAUUUCACAAUCUCCUUCAAAAAAAUACUGAUUCAAAUUUUUAUUCAACCUUUGAAGAAAUCAUGGUAUUAGAAGAAGUCGGUGUGGUUAGCUUUUGCCACUAAAUGAAACAGAGGGUCUCAGGCAUAAAAUGAGAAAGCCAAGUCUUUAAGAUGUGUUCUGAAUGGGCUUAUGUUGGUGAAAGCAGAGUUUGAAUGGGCUUAUAUUCUUUUGUAAAGAUACAAUUGGGCCAAAAGUUGUGUCAGGAGCCCAUUCUCUUUUAUGAGAAAAGAUGUCGUAACAAGAAGUAACCAAAAUUGUAGAUCGGAAAAGGAGAUCCGACGAAGAUGGCAAAGCAACGACGGCGGUCAAAGAAGAAGCUGGUGAUAAUGCUCGAAGUCGCUUGAGCUUCAAAGGUCUAAGAACAUUCACCUUUGUCUCUGACUUUCAUUUUAUAAGAGGGUCCAAAAAACUGCAAACAAAUACAAUAACAAAAAGAGAGGAGCACUAGAACUCUUGUCGUGGCCGUCAAGUCACAGGGAAACGACACGCGUUUCUGUUACUCCUCUCUCUACUCGUUGGCCUCAGCAUUUCUUAUUUUCUUUUUGUCCAUUGCAUUUACACGUGUCCAACCAAAACGGUUAUUAUCAAAACAGAAUCAUCGUCACUCUCCUUGUCCCACUUGGCCUCUCCACAUCAUUCUUUCUUCUCCUUUCUCCAUAAUUCUCGGCUCUCUCUAUGUAAGCAAGAAUAACCAAUUCGUUCUUGGAGAUUGAAUCGCACAACAAGCGAAACUAUGAGACCUUUCACCUUCUUCGAAAGAUUCUCCAAUGCUUUCCAUGAUUAUCCUUCUCUUUCCAGGAUUCUCGUCGUCUCCACAAUCAGUGGUGGAGGACUUAUAGUCUACUCUGAGGCAAAUGCAUCAUAUAGCAACAAUGGUGUUGAAACUGAAACCAGAAAGAAAAAAGUAGUGUUGCUCGGAACUGGAUGGGCUGGAGCAAGUUUCUUGAAGACUCUGAAUAACUCUUCUUAUGAGGUUCAGGUUAUAUCGCCUCGAAACUACUUUGCUUUCACUCCCUUGUUACCUAGUGUUACUUGCGGAACUGUUGAAGCUCGCAGUGUUGUUGAACCUAUCCGCAACAUUGGAAGAAAGAAUGUUGAGAUGUCUUUCUUGGAGGCAGAAUGUGUUAAAAUUGAUCCUCGAAGCAAGAAAGUUUACUGUCGAUCCAAACAAGGCGUGAAUUCGAACGGGAAGAGAGAAUUUGAUGUUGACUAUGAUUACCUUGUAAUUGCUACUGGAGCUCAGUCAAACACAUUUAAUAUUCCAGGGGUGGAGGAGAACUGUCAUUUCCUCAAAGAGGUUGAAGAUGCACAGAGAAUCCGUAGCACUGUCAUUGAUUCAUUUGAGAAGGUAAGUUUACCGGGACUAAACGAAGAAGAGAGAAAGAGAAUGCUACAUUUUGUAGUUGUUGGUGGUGGACCAACCGGUGUUGAGUUUGCUUCUGAGCUUCAUGAUUUUGUUAACGAGGAUUUAGUCAAACUCUAUCCCAAAGCCAAGAACUUAGUGCAGAUCACUCUGCUAGAGGCUGCAGACCACAUCUUGACCAUGUUUGACAAGAGAAUCACAGAGUUUGCUGAAGAAAAGUUUACUAGAGAUGGUAUUGAUGUGAAAUUGGGUUCUAUGGUGGUCAAAGUGAAUGAUAAGGAAAUUUCUGCUAAAACCAAAGGAGGAGAGGUCUCUACUAUUCCUUAUGGAAUGAUCGUUUGGUCAACUGGUAUUGGGACUCGUCCUGUGAUCAAAGAUUUUAUGAAACAAAUUGGUCAGGGAAAUAGACGUGCUUUAGCAACCGAUGAAUGGCUUCGUGUUGAAGGAUGUGACAACAUAUAUGCACUUGGUGAUUGCGCAACAAUCAACCAGAGAAAAGUCAUGGAAGACAUAGCUGCUAUAUUCAAGAAAGCAGAUAAGGAAAAUUCAGGAACACUGACAAUGAAAGAAUUUCAAGAAGUAAUGGGUGACAUAUGUGAUAGAUACCCUCAAGUGCAACUCUACUUGAAGAGUAAAGGUAUGCAUGGCAUUACCGAUCUUCUAAAAGAAGCACAAGCUGAGAAUGGUUCCAAUAAGUCCGUCGAACUCGAUAUAGAAGAACUUAAAUCAGCUCUUUGUCAAGUUGACUCACAAGUGAAGCUUCUUCCAGCUACAGGACAGGUCGCUGCUCAGCAAGGUACUUACCUUGCAAAAUGCUUUGAUCGUAUGGAAGUAUGCGAGAAGAAUCCUGAAGGUCCCAUUAGGAUUAGAGGAGAAGGUCGUCAUCGUUUCCGUCCCUUCAGGUAUCGACAUUUGGGACAGUUUGCUCCAUUAGGAGGGGAACAAACUGCGGCGCAACUUCCAGGAGACUGGGUUUCGAUAGGACACAGUAGUCAAUGGCUGUGGUACUCCGUUUACGCUAGUAAGCAAGUGAGCUGGCGAACGAGAGUCCUGGUGGUCUCAGACUGGAUGAGACGAUUCAUCUUCGGGAGGGAUUCAAGUCGCAUUUGAAAUUCUCAUGUCUCUCUCGUUUGAGUUCUCAUGAAUAUAGUCUUAUUGCUUUUUUUACUUUCAAAUAAAAGCAUAACAAGGGGAAAAUGUUAAACAUCAUUUGGUAACUUCUGUUUUUGGAAUUGGUACGUGAAAUUGAUAUAUUUAUAUUGCUGGAGACUGGAGUGUAUAAAUUUCACAAAGAAUAUAAUCUACUGUUUUUCUUA